AUCGCCUUAAAAGGGAAACCCCGGCGGACCGGCACACGCGAGCCCAGACCUGAGUCAGACACACUCUCCAGCACCGGCAGAGCAAAGCACAACAACAACAAUGGCCACCAUCAGCGCCGCCGCGGCGACCACCGUCGUCGCCCGUGCCGUGACCACCCGGCCGCAGGCUCUAGGGCUGCCACAGCUGAGGGCGAGGAGCGAGAGGGUGAGGUGCAGCUACUCCAAGGACGCCAAGGAGGCGACCCCGACCACCAGCGUGCGCGGCGCCGGCGCGUCCCUGCUCGCGGCGGCGGGCGCGGUGACCGCGUCCGCGGCGCCGGCGCUGGCGCUCGUGGACGACCGGAUGUCCACGGAGGGCACCGGGCUGAGCCUCGGCCUGAGCAACAACCUGCUGGGGUGGAUCCUCCUGGGUGUCUUCGGCCUCAUCUGGUCCCUCUACACUGUCUACACCUCUGGCCUCGACGAGGACGAGGAGUCCGGUGGCCUCUCGCUCUAAAGCUAGCCUUCCUCGUUCCCAUGUAAUAAUCCCCGUGUGAGCAUGGCGAUGAUUGGUGUGAUGUAAUUCCAGACAUGGAUAUUUGUAUUUAAGUGUUUCCAUUCUGAGAAAUGUUUAGGCGGUCAGAUGAAGUGCUUGCAUCCCUGGAUAUGUAUCGUGCAUCUAGCAGUUAAUCGGAUUGAAACGGUAAAGGACAAUUUCAAGCACAGGUUCGAGUUUUCA